AAAAGCAAAAACUUAUGAAUGGAAAUGAAGAGAAAAAAAAACAAGAUGAAAAUCGUAAAUCGAGAUAACGUGAUCGAAGAGGAAAAGGAAAUACGAUUGAAUAGACGAAAAUCAAGACGAAGGCGAAGAUCAAGAGCGAAUAUUAAAAGAAGAUGAAGUUUAAGAUGAUGAUGAUCUCGAAUAUUAGAAGAAGGAAGAAGAAGGCGAAAAGGGAGAAAAAUUAAAAGAUAUUUUUGUAGAGGUUGAGGUUUAGUUCCGUUGGAAUCAUAGAUGAAAAUAAAACAAGAAAAAGAAAAGGAAAAAGCGAACGAAAAAUAAAGAUGAUUUUACAAAGAAAGACGAAAAAGAGAAAGAGAGAGAGAGAGAAACUAUAUCAUCAUCUUGAUCCUCAUCUUCAUCUUAAUCAUCAUCAUCGCAUACACAGUGUUCAUCUUUGUUUUUGGGCAACGAGUCAUCACAAGGAAAAAGUUCCACGGGAGCAACUUCAUCUUUUCUACUGGAUCUUCAUCUUCAUCCUCAUCUUUUGUAAACUCCUCCUACAUUCUUAUUCUCGCCUAUUCAGCUCAACAUCUUCUUUCAUCAUCCAGGCAUCUUUCUAGCUCAUCAUCAUCAUUUCUCUCUCUCUCUCUUUCUUUCUCAAUCUUCUGUUUUGUGAUAGUGUGUGUAUAAUAUUUGAACUGAAAACCCUGAGAAAUGAAAGCGUAGAGAAAAAAAAAUCAAAUUCUAAAAAUUGAGAAAAAAGAAAAUUUUUUCUCUUCUAAUGUUUUAGUAAAAAUCGUCAUCUUUCUGAUCAUCAUUUCUCUUCAUCAAAUUUUACUUUCAGUUGAUAUAAUUUUGAUCAUCGUCAUCAUUAGAUCUUCAAGUCAUUUCUUUUCCUCAUCAUCUCCACCAGAAUCAUCUCUAUCUCUUUCUCCUGAAAUUCAUCAUCUGAUUAAACCUCCAAUCAAGUUAUUCCUCACGCCCGAAUAUUUAUCAUCAUCAUAAUCUCUCUCUCAACUUUUAUCUUCCUAUUCGAUUCAUUUUUCUCAUUAAUCUCUUUCUCUCUCUAUUUCAACUGAGCUAUUCAAUCUUAACGGAUCGGGAUCAAUGUUAUAACCUUAAUCCGUUAUUUCUGCAACAAUUUAGAUACAAACAAAAAGUGAUUAGUGUUUAAUUACUCGAGAAAAAAAAUCUGUGAUUAAAUUGUGUUUAUCCUUCUCAUUGUUGAUUCUAAGUGUUGAUUAAUGUCAUCAAUAUGAUCGUUAUUACAUAACAUUAUCAAUCGUCACAAUUUAAUUUAACAACAGGAAGAUAAAGAAUCUCAUAGAGUGAGAGAGAGAGAGAGAGAGAGAGAGAGAUCUUCUUGCAAAAUUAAAUCAAUCAUUUUCAUUCAUUGAUUAUCAGUCGGUUAAUUGGUUGCAAAUAGUAAAUAUUAUUAAAGUUUUCCCUUUAAAUUAUAUCAACAGUUUAAAAGUUUGCAAAGUUUUUUUUUAUGAUAAUUGAGUGACAAUUAAUAGAACCUAACAUGAGUGAUGUUAAACUACCAACUUUAAUCAAUUCAAAGUGCAACGAAUCACAAUUAGUGACACUAACACCAAAUUCAUCAUCUUCAUCCUCAUCUUGUACAUCAUCUCCCUCAUCGUCAUCACUAUCAACAACCACAACGGCAACUACAACCUCACCACAAACACCAACAACAUUAUCCUCAUCAUCAAAUGUUAUCUCAUUGACCAUUUCCUCUGUUCCCAAUAAAAAUAAUGAUAAUCGGAAAUCAUCAGGUAAUCGUACUGAUCAAUUAACCUCAACAAUUAACGAGGCAGUUAGCAAAGUUCUUGGUGAAUAUGAUUGGACUAUAGUGACAACCAAAAGCAAACCAACUUCAGCGUCCAAGAUUAAACUUCACGUUAAAAGGCCAAUGAACGCGUUCAUGGUCUGGGCUCAAGCCGCUCGCCGAAAGUUAUCUGAACAAUAUCCUCAUCUUCACAACGCUGAAUUAAGCAAAACCCUUGGACGACUCUGGAGCAGAGUACUUGAUGAUGAUGCAAAGAAACCUUUCAUUGCUGAAGCUGAAAGAUUACGAUCUAAACAUAAGAAAGAUUUUCCCGAUUACAAGUAUCAACCUAGAAGACGAAAACCAGUUAAAUCUAAUGGACAUGGACGAGGGUCAACAGGGUCAUCGGGUGGUGGUCAAGAUUCAUCGACUAAUCUCAACUGUUCAUCAUCAAUAGAUUCACCUGGAUCUAAUUCUUGUAGUAAUCAAACUUUGGCUGAAGAUGAUGUCUCUCGAAGUCCAAUUUCCCGUCCACCAAGUGAGCCUUCACCAUCAAAUGGAUCAUCAUUUGAUCAUCAAUUAGCUCAUCAUCAUCACCAUCAACAAAAUCAUCUAUUUCAUCAUUCCCUACAACAACAACAGCAACACCAACACCAACAACAUCCUCAACAACAACAACAACAACAACAAAUGCAACAUCAUUUCCAUCAUGUUGAUGAAUUAAAUCAAUCAUCAGUGUUACGUGAUGAUGACGAUACAGAUAUCGUUAAAGAUGAUAAUAAUGAUAAUCAUCAUAAUGAUACAAUUAACGUUAAUCAAAUGAUGUCCUCUUUCAUUGGUAAUCAUCACAGGCAACAAUCAGCAUCAUUUUCAUCACCUUCGUCCGGAUCAAUUGGUUUAACAUCUUCCUCAUCAUCUCCGUCUCAUUCAUCAGCACCAAGCUACCUGACAAACUAUUCACUGACCCGUCCAUCUCCUGGGUACAAUCAAAGCCCACCAACACCACCCACAACCCCACAACAACUUGGACGAUUCAAUGGAUCCUAUGGAUUAAUUGGUCCAAUCGGAAAUGGUGACAGUUCACAACAACAUCUCCACGGGUCAUCUAAUGGAUAUAAUUGUAAUCCAAUUCAUGGAUCAAUAUCAUCUCCAUCAACCGCAUCAUCUUCAACAUCCUCAUCAUCUGGCACCUCAAAUACAAGUGCUACAAAUUCAUCAACAAAUUGUAACACAUUUGAAACAGUAAUUACCAAUGGUAACGGUGGAAGUGAUAAAAAUAAUUUAAACAACAACAACAACGAUAUAGAUAUUGGUCAUCAUCAUCCACGAACCUCACCAACCUCAUCCUCAACCCAUCACCUUGAAGCUUACAUGCACCAAUUUCUUGGUCCACCUCCACUCAGUUCCUCCUCUUCCUCCUCCUCUUCACCAUCCUCCAUCUCCUCCCCUUCUCAUCAUGCCUUUCACCAUCCUCAUUCCCACCACCAUCAAUUAGCUGGUUCUGGUUACACUCAUCUCGGUGGGACAGGAUCAACCGCUUGGAGUAGACUUGUCUCCGAUUACUCUCACAAUUCAGUCUAUUCAUCUGCCGCAUCUAAUCAUCAUCAUCACCAUCAUCCUCAUCAUCAGAUUCACCAUCAAAUUCAUGAUGUCUUAUCCUCUCCACCUCCAACAGCAAGUUCAACUUUAGUCAAUGAUUUUUAUCAACGACCAACCGCAACACCAACAACAGUAAAUCUCAUCAAUAAUACUCCCUCUUCCUCCUCCUCUUCAUCAUCUUCCUCCCUUUACAUUGAGCCAACAGAUAAUAACACAACAUCCUCCAUUUUACCUUCAACCCCAACCACAACCUCUUCCUCUUCUUCAUCCUCAUCACCACCAUCAUCCUUAUAUUGUGCAAAAGCCACCGCUCUGUCCACUUCACUUUUCACCGGAAUGACCGGUUGGCCUCAUCCGGGUGAUUCCUUUACCGAUAGUUUAAUUACCUCAGUCCGUCCAACAUCUUCCUCUUCAUCUUCCUCAGUGGGUCAACUUGACCAUCACUUACCAGCAACAUCAUAUGGAUCACAUCACCACCACUCUCAUCAUCCACCUCCGCCUCCUCCUCCACCCUUGGGCCAUUUUCUGCCCACCUCAAGAUAGUAAAAUUUAAAUAUUUUUAAAUCAAAGACAAAAACAAACAAAAAAAACCAAAACAAUUGCGACAAAAAAAUAAUAUUAUUACCAAUCAAAUGAUUAAUUUGACUUUUAAUAAAACAAUUGAUUAAACAAUUGCAGACAAAAUUAACUAAUCAAAAAAUACAAUCAACGAUCAUAAUUAAUAGUUUAACUGGAUUAAAAGAUGCAAAGGGUUUUAAGCAACUUUCAACAAGAAAAAAAAAAUCAAUCAAAUUUAAUUUUCUCCAUUUUAAUUGUGUUUUUGUUUUUCUAAUUUAUUUUAAUCACCAUCAACAAUUAACAUGAUUAACAAUAAUCAUGUUUGUAUAUUUAUCGAUAACAAUCAUCAUCAUGUAAAACAAACAACAAUCAAUAUA